AGAGCGGGGCGGUGGGGUGCGGUGGGCCUGUGACCGAGCCCUUCCCGCUCGCCCUCGGCGCAGUCUGCUCGCUGUGGCUGACACGAGAAACUUGAUGCACCUGUGCUAGGCUCCUGCACCCAGCGCGAGACCUCUCGGUCAGUUUUGAAGAGGCAGAAGUGCUGGUCUGGCCCUCGGCACGGACCCGCCCAGGAGCAGAUGAGCAGGGACGUCUGCAUCAUCCACACGUGGCCGUGCACCUACUACGCAGAGCUCGAGAAGCGAUGGGUGCCAGGAAGACUGUCCUUGCUGCCGCUGGCACUCAGAUUCGUGGCUGACAACACAGGAGAGAUUCUUGUUGGCUUUCCCCUGUCCAGCAUAGCCGAGAUCAAGAAGGAGGCCUCGCACUUCGUCUUCAGCUCCCUCACCGUCCUGGAGAAGGGUGGCGCCAAGCACUGGUUUGGCUCCCUGCGGCCAAGUCGGAAUGUGGUCUUCAGCGUCAUCGAGCACUUCUGGAGAGAGCUGUUGCUGUCGCAGCCCGGAGCCACGGCUGGGGCGCCUGCCCCCAGGCCCCGGGGGGAGGAGCUCACGGCCCUGAUGGCUGGCUCCCAGAGGCGCCUGGAGGACACGGCCAGAGUCCUUCACCACCAGGGCCAGCAGCUGGAUGGCGUCAUGAGGGGCCUGGACAAGAUGGAGUCAGACCUGGAGGUGGCUGACAGAUUGCUGACGGAACUGGAAUCUCCGAGUUGGUGGCCCUUCAGCUCUAAGCUUUGGAAGACGCCGCCAGAAACAAAGCCCAGGGAAGGUGCCUUGGCGGCCAGUUGUGAACCUUUUGGAAAGGAAGGGAUAGUGACCACAAUUCCUGCCAUUAUUUCCCAAAGGACAGAGUCUCGUGUCAGGCCAGGGAGGCUCACCGUCCUUGUCUCUGGGUUAGAAAUCCAUGACUCCGAUUCUUCGCUCAUGCACAGGUUUGAAAGAGAAGACGUGGAUGACAUUAAGGUCUACUCACCUUAUGAAAUUAGCAUCCGCCAGCGGUUCAUUGGAAAGCCAGAUGUGGCUUACCGUGUGAUAUCCGCCAAGCUGCCAGAGGCCAUCCCCAUUUUAGAAAUGCAGUUCAGCAAGAAGAUCGAGUUGUUGGAAGACGCCUCGAUGCUCAGCAGCAUGAAAGCUUCUCCCGCUGCGGAGAAGAGCACCUCGGUCUGGCACGCAGCGUCCGGGCUGAUGGGCUACACCGUGCACCGAGAGCCGCCCUCGGGGGACCAGGAGGGCAGGCCACCGCAGCUGCAGAUGAGCCAGCCACUCUUCUCUGAGGGGGAAGCCAAGGAACUGGCCCAGAUCCUGAGGAGGAUGAAGGGGCUGGCCCUGGGUGCUGAGACGGAGCUGGAGAGGCAGGACGAGGCCCUGGACGGCAUGGCCACGGCCGUGGACCGGGCGACCCUGACCAUCGAUAAGCACAACCGGCGGAUGAGGAAGCUGAUGUAGAGCUGCCUUCCUCCCACAGGCCUGCCCCGGGUUCCUGUCUCUGCCCCGCACAUGCCCCCAAGAUCAAGGCCUGGAAGGUGGUGCUCUUGUGACGCCCCAAGGGAGGUAUCGCCUGACUCGGGGCCUGAGACCAUGGGGCUGUGCGCCCCAGCUCAGCGGCUGCUCUGCCCAGCGGAGCCGUGGCAGCCCGGCCCAGCGCGGAGGCUGCGUCUUCCUUCCACUGUUUCUGUGAGCGUGAGAGGAAGAUGUCAGUCACGAGGUCUCCCUGCAGGUGUCUGCAGGAUGUUCUGUGAGCAGGGCGGGGUCCGGAACCCAGGACAGCCCCACGGCCUCCAGGGCACAGGCCCGCCCGCCACAGUCACCUCGUCCUGCGUAUUUGCUCAUUGCCAUGUUUUUGACCAAAAGUGAGAACAGCAUGACUGUACCUUUAAAAAAAAGUGUUGAUUUUGCUUUCAUGGCUUUAUUUCCAUCCAGAAAUAAAAGGGAAGUGCUAGUUUUAGAAUUUUCCUUAAAGAUGCAUGUUAGUGUUCCC